UUCUGUGACGUCACACUUAGAGCUCUGUUGAUCACAUGGUUGAUCAUCGUAACAAUGCGAAGGAGCACUGCUGAAAAUCAAAACAUGAGUGGACUUUACCUUGUGUUCCAGGGACAGUUUUGGACCUUUGGAUAAAAGUGUACUGCCUUGACCCAAGAUGCGCUUCCCAAAUGCAACUGCUAGUGAGCAAAUUCGAAGAAUUUUUUAUGCUGUAACACCAUGGGAGUCAUCAUAUGAGAAGGUUGAUGAUGUGCCUGAUUACCUAAAUGAGGCAGUUCCUGUUUUUAUAGCUGCGAUCGCAGUGGAAUAUUUAGUUGCAGUUCUAAUGGGAAAGCGAACUCUGCGUUUUAAUGAUGGUGCAAGCUCUCUUACAGCUGGUCUCAUGUCACAGUUAUCAAAGGUCAUGGUCCUAAUUGCCGAAUUCACAUUGUAUGUCUAUGUGUAUGAGAACUAUCGGAUUACAGCUCUCCCUUGGGAUUCUCCAUGGACCUGGCUACUUUGUUUCAUUGUCAUUGACUUUACUUAUUACUGGUUUCACAGAGCUACUCAUGAGGUCAACUUUCUAUGGGGUGCACACCAAGUCCAUCACAGCUCCGAAGAUUACAAUCUUACAACUGCUCUGAGACAAUCUGUGGUGCAAAACUAUACUUCCUGGGUUUUUUACUUUCCACUGGCUCUUGUCGCUCCACCAUCGGCUUUUUAUGUGCACCAUCAGCUGAAUACCUUAUACCAGUUUUGGAUCCAUACUGAAUUAAUUGAAACUCUGGGACCACUGGAGUAUAUUUUGAACACCCCAAGCCAUCACAGAGUUCACCAUGGCAGGAAUCCUUAUUGCAUUGACAAAAAUUACGCCGGGACACUGAUAAUAUGGGACCGUUUAUUUGGUACAUUCCAAGCUGAAAAGGAAGAGAAGGUGGUGUACGGUCUUGUCCACCCCCUGGAGUCAUGGAACCCCAUCUACAUACAGUUCUGUCAUUACAAAUACAUGUUUGAAACAUUCUGGAAAAUGGAUGGAUUCAGAAACAAGAUCUCCUUCUUGGUCAAAGGCCCUGGUUGGGUUCCUGGAAGUCCACGUCUUGGCAACCCGGAAGAUAUUCCUGCUAUCGAGUAUCCUGUCGUGAAGUUUGAUAAGAAACUUCCUUUGAUCAAAAAUGUCUAUGUGGUAAUACACAGUGUGGUGUUGUCAGUUGCAUUUCAAGAGCUGGCAGUCAAAAAGCUUGUGCUGAGUGUUGCCCAUAUAUGGUUAGUCGGUGGAUUCAUUAUCUUGACAAUGACGUCAUUGGGGUUUAUGUUCGAACACCGGUCUUUCGCUGCCCCGCUAGAAACUUUGCGAUGCCUCCUUUUCAUUGUCAUUGACCUGGUGACAUCUUCAAAGAAAUACGACUUGGCAGUUUUUCCUGGAAAUUCACUGGAAAUCACAAGAAUUGUUUACGUCAUUUCCGCUUUCAUUUGGACGAUUGUUACUUUGAAAGAGCAGAAUGAAACAAAGGAAAAGACUCAUUAGUAUGCAAAAAAAAAUUCAUCAACGAUUUUGAAAAGUAAAUUUUUUAUGAUUUGUGAUGUUUGAAUUUACUUUCAUGAAAGGUUUGUAUGGAGAGAAGUUGUGUACGCCAGUUUGUUUUUUGGUAACUGCACAUUUGUUGGGGCAAUCUCGUGCGUAGCUGUAGCCAUCAUAGUUGCUUUGAUGCGGAGAUCCUUAAUUAAAUAAUAAUGAUAAUAAUAAUGAUUGCUUAUUGAAACAACGAUGUACAAAGCUCUGUCCAUGGGACGUGGGGGGGGGGGUAGCUUCAAAGGAAAGGGGUCGCCAUUUACAUUUGUAAAAUAACAAAUUUCAUAUUUGCUGUUGCUGAACCCUGAUUUUCUUUACCCCCUAUCCCUAUUCUGAAAGUAUCAAGAUUCUUUGCCCUUGUGCUUUUUCCUAAUUUCCUCACUGAUAUUGAUUUGCGUAAAUCGUCACUUUUUGCUUUUGCUGUCAAUUUUCCCAUGUCAUAUUUCGCAUAGCUUGAAGGCAUCUUUGAUUUUAUAGUUUUGUGGAUUGGAUUUGUCAGUCGAAUAAAAGAUUAGGACAUCGUUCCAGAUUUUUUUAUUAAUUAAACAGGAUUUAUAACUCUAAGCAGCAUGAAUUCUCCGUUAUUACAGUAAAAAAGUAUUAUCACUGAUCCACUGAUCCAAUCAUAGAUCUAUGCCCAUUAUUAAUGUUACUUACACUGGUACUUAUCAAUUUGGUGAAUCGUCGAUUCCGUAUUUCUCAAGCAAGAGGUCGCCCUAGAUACAGAAAAAUUCUUUCUAGAAACCAAGACUUUUGUUAUUUAGAAUUUAUGCAUCGGAUUUUAAUGUCCCUUCUGCUUAUUUUUAUCCUUUCCCUUCAUUAAUCUCUUUUGAUUCAUGAAUAUUGCCCAAAUUGUAAUUAGAAUCGUAAAUUGCAGCGUCUAAUAAAUUCCUAAGUUAAAUGCGAUAAUUUUUUGAAUUGUAUUGUGUGUUGAUAUGUUUCUGCGUUCGAUAUAAGUUUGUAAAAUGGAGUUAUCACUUGAAUAUGGA